GGCUGGGUUCCGGGAGGCGAGGGCCUUGCGGGGUGGCGGGGCUGGUGAAGGGCUGCAGCAGCUUAAGGGAGCUUGCUUCUCCUCCUCUCACUCCAGGGGACUCGCUGUCUUCUCUCCCACUCCUCACCAGGCCAGAGUCUGACUUUGACCCUAACCUUAAAAGAUGUUGGAGUCAUAUGUAACUCCAAUUUUAAUGAGCUAUGUGAAUCGCUAUAUCAAGAAUUUAAAACCUUCGGAUUUACAGCUUUCACUAUGGGGUGGAGACGUGGUUCUCAGCAAGCUCGAGUUAAAGUUAGAUGUGCUAGAACAGGAACUGAAAUUACCCUUCACUUUUUUAAGUGGACAUAUUCAUGAAUUGAGAAUUCAUGUACCAUGGACAAAAUUGGGUUCAGAACCAGUGGUAAUAACCAUCAAUACAAUGGAAUGCAUAUUGAAACUUAAAGAUGGAAUACAGGAUGACCAUGAAAGCUCUGGUUCUAAUUCUACCAAUCGUAGUGCUACUGAGAACACAAAAUCAUCAGUAAAACCCCGAAAAAUUCAGCAGGCUGCUCCUACAGAUCCUGAUUUACCACCAGGGUAUGUGCAAAGUCUGAUUAGACGAGUUGUAAAUAAUGUAAACAUUGUUAUAAAUAAUCUCAUACUAAAAUAUGUUGAAGAUGAUAUUGUUCUUUCAGUCAAUAUCACUUCUGCAGAAUGCUAUACAGUGGGUGAAUUAUGGGAUCGUGCAUUUAUGGAUAUUUCUGCAACUGAUCUGGUGCUAAGAAAGGUUAUCAAUUUUUCUGACUGUACAGUUUGUCUUGAUAAACGAAAUGCCAGUGGUAAAAUAGAAUUUUACCAGGACCCUUUACUGUACAAAUGUUCCUUCAGAACUCGUCUACAUUUUACAUAUGAUAACCUAAAUUCCAAGAUGCCAUCUGUUAUUAAAAUUCAUACCUUAGUAGAAAGUCUGAAACUUUCUAUCACAGAUCAGCAGUUGCCUAUGUUUAUUCGUAUAAUGCAGCUUGGGAUUGCUCUUUACUAUGGAGAAAUAGGCAAUUUUAAAGAUGGUGAAACAGAGGAUUCUGCUUGUCACAAUAAAGAUAUGUUAGGAAACAUUACAGGGAUCAAACCCAAGGCCUUUCACACACUAGACAAGUACUUCAGUGCUGAGGCAUGUCCCCAGCUCAUUGCCCCUUCAUUUAUUAGUGCUGAAGAUGAAACAAGAAUAGAUAUGCAGUAUCCUGCUCAGUACAAAGGCCAAGAGUUGUAUUCACAACAAGAUGAAGAGCAGCCACAGGGAUGGGUAUCCUGGGCUUGGUCAUUUGUACCUGCAAUUGUGAGUUAUGAUGAUGGUGAGGAAGACUAUACUGGGAAUGAUUCUACAUUAACCAUACACCAGCAGAAAGUACAGACUUUGAAGGAUCCUAUUGUUUCUGUAGGAUUUUACUGCACAAAAGCAACUGUGACUUUCAAACUCACUGAAAUGCAAGCUGAGAGUAGUUACUAUAGCCCACAGAAAGUAAAAUCUAAGGAAGUAUUGUGUUGGGAACAAGAAGGAACUACCAUUGAGGCCCUUAUGAUGGGAGAUCCUUUCUUUGACUGCCAGAUUGGGUUUGUAGGCUGCAGAGCCAUGUGUCUUAAAGGAAUUAUGGGUGUUAAAGAUUUUGAAGAAAAUAUGAAUAGAAGUGAAACUGAAGCCAGUUUCUUCAUUUGUGGUGAAAAUUUAAGCACAAAAGGUUUGACAUACCUUACAAAUUCAUUGUUUGAUUAUCGAAGCCCAGAAAAUAAUGGCACUCGUGCAGAAUUUAUCUUGGAUGCAGCUCAUCAUAAGGAGACAUAUACUGAGAUAGCUGGAAUGCAAAGGUUUGGGGCUUUUUACAUGGAUUACCUGUACACAAUGGAGAGCACCAGUGGCAAAGGUUCUGCAAAUCAACAAGACUUUUCUACUGGGAAAAAUGAAGAUUUGGGAACAGUUCAAGAGAAGUCUACUAAAACCCUUGUUGUAGGUCCCCUUGAUUUUCGCUUGGAUAGCAGUGCAGUACAUAGGAUUUUGAAAAUGAUUGUUUGUGCCUUGGAACAUGAAUAUGAACCAUAUAGCAGGCUAAAACCAGAAAUUAAGGAUGAAAAUGAAACAAUACUGAAUCCUGAAGAAGUGGCUUCUUUGGAGGAAUAUAUUCCUACUCGACAUACAAGUGUAACUCUCCUCAAAUGUACCUGUACAAUUUUCAUGGCUGAGUUCAACUUGCUGGAUUGUUUGCUUCCUCUCAUUAUAGGAGGAAAGAACUCAAGUAAUUUCAUGAAUACUGCAAACUUCCAGUCUCUUCGUCCUUUGCCAUCCAUUCAGAUACUGGUGGAUAAAAUCAAUCUGGAACAUUCUGUCCCAAUGUAUGCUGAGCAUUUGGUGCAUGUGGUCAGCAGCCUUACUCAGCCUUCUGAUAAUCUGCUUCAUUAUUGCUAUGUUCACUGCUAUCUUAAGAUAUUUGGUUUUCAGGCAGGACUGACAUCUUUGGAUGUUAGUGGAUCUUACUGCUUACCUGUACCAAUUAUUCCCUCCUUCAGCACUGCUCUUUAUGGUAAAUUUCUGAAAUUCCCCACUUGCUGGACCAAAAGAUCUCAAAUUGUUAUGACUGAAGGUAUAUUUGAACUUCCAAAUCUCACAAUUCAAGCUACAAGAGCACAGACACUUCUGCUGCAAGCAAUAUAUCAAAGUUGGUCUCAUAUUGGAAAUGUUAGCUCUUCAGCAGUGAAUGAAAUUUUGAUGAAUGAAGUCUUUCAAAAUAUAGGUGUGAAAUCUAAGAAUCCCCUGCCAACUCUUGAGGGCUCAAUCCAGAAUGUUGAAUUGAAGUACUGCAGCACAUCAUUGGUCAAAUGUGCCUCUGGGACCAUGGGAUCAAUAAAAAUUUGUGCCAAAGCCCCAGGUGACAGUGGAAAAGAGAAGUUGAUUCCCUUACUUCAGGGUCCUUCUGACACUAAAGACCUUCAUAGCACCAAGUGGCUCAAUGAGAGUAGAAAGCCAGAAUCUCUCUUAGCUCCAGAUUUGAUAGCCUUCACAGUCCAAGUUCCACAAUAUAUGGACUACUGCCAUAAUUCUGGUGCUGUACUUCUUUGUAGUAUACAAGGACUUGCUGUGAAUAUUGACCCAAUCUUAUACACAUGGCUCAUCUAUCAACCUCAGAAGCGAACAAGUAGACAUAUGCCACAGCAACCUGUGGUAGCUGUUCCUCUUGUUAUGCCAAUUAGCAGAAGGAAGGAGGAUGAACUGUCUGUUGGAAGUGCACCCAUGGCAAAACAGCAGUCAUAUCAGGCCUCUGAAUAUGCCAGCAGCCCUAUAAAAACAAAAACAAUAACAGAAUCCCGACCCUUAUCAGUUCCUGUGAAAGCCAUGUUUAAUAUAUCUGAGGGCUGUAGAAGUCCUGAAGAAAGAAUGAAAGAAUUUAUUGGAAUAGUAUGGAGUGCAGUGAAGAGUCUCACACUACAGCUUGAAGUUCAGUCUUGUUGUGUCUUCAUUCCAAAUGAUAGCCUGCCUUCCCCAAGUACAAUUGUAUCUGGUGAUAUUCCUGGAAGUGUAAGAAGUUGGUACCAUGGACAAACCAGCAUGCCAGGAACACUUGUCCUCUGUUUGCCUCAAAUUAAGAUUAUCAGUGCUGGUCACAAAUAUAUGGAACCUCUUCAGGAAAUUCCAUUUGUUAUCCCACGACCUAUUCUGGAAGAAGGUGAUGCUUUUCCAUGGACCAUCAACUUGCAUCAUUUCAGCAUAUAUACCCUUAUUGGAAAACAAGCGACACUUAGCUUAGUGGAACCUAUGGGUUGUACCUCUACUCUAGCUGUCACAUCUCAAAAACUACUUGCUACAGGACCUGAUGCCAGACAUUCAUUUGUUGUCUGUCUUCAUGUUGACCUGGAAUCCCUGGAGAUAAAAUGCUCUAAUCCUCAGGUCCAGCUCUUCUGUGAGUUAAUUGAUACCAUGAAGAAUGUUUGGAAUAAGAUUCAGAGGAGAGGCAAUCUUAGUUCAUUUUCAGCCUACUCAGAUACUGUGGUAGGGCCUGUCCCUAGUUCUCCAGUUCGAAGCAGUGUAGGCACAGCUCCUCCAGAUGCUAGCACAUGCAGCCCAUCUGCUGAUAUUGGAACUACUACUGAGAGAUGGGUCCAUGUGCUGCUGAGAAGAAAGUGUAUUCACUCAUUGAAGGAUGAAAUAUUCUAUGGAGAUUCUAUUCAGGCAGGUGAUGAUUCACCAUUCUCAGAUUCUGUUACCUUGGAACAAACUACUAGUAACAUUGGUGGAUCGAAUGGACGGGUUAGUCUCUGGAUGCAGUGGGUACUCCCCAAAAUUACAAUAAAGCUCUUUGCCCCAGAUCCUGAAAACAAAGGCACAGAGGUUUGUAUGGUCAGUGAACUAGAAGAUCUCAGUGCUUCCAUAGACGUGCAGGAUGUAUAUACCAAAGUGAAAUGUAAAAUAGAGAGUUUCAAUAUUGAUCACUAUAGAAGCAGCCUUGGGGAAGAGUGUUGGUCUUUGGGGCAAUGUGGAGGUGUCUUCCUUUCCUGUACUGACAAGCUGAACAGACGCACCUUGUUGGUUCGACCCGUCAGCAAGCAGGACCCUUUCAGUAAUUGCUCUGGCUUCUUUCCUUCUACAACUACAAAACUUCUAGAUGGUUCACAUCAGCAGCAUGGAUUUCUCUCUCUGACAUACACAAAAGCUGUAACAAAAAAUGUUCGCCACAAGUUAACAUCAAGAAAUGAACGAAGAAGUUUUCAUAAGUUAUCUGAAGGUUUAAUGGAUGGUUCCCCUCAUUUUCUUCAUGAAAUUCUUCUUUCAGCCCAAGCCUUUGAUGUUGUCCUUUGUUUUCCUUUACUUAAUGCCAUCACAAGUAUAUUUCAAGCAAAACUACCAAGGUCCCAAAAAGAGAAAAGAAAAUCUCCUGGUCAGCCCAUGAGGACCCAUACGCUGACUUCACGCAGUUUGCCUUUGAUUUAUAUCAAUUCAAGUGUAAUCAGAAUUUUUGUUCCAAAAACGGAAGAAAUGAAGUCAACUAUUGAAGUCAAUCAAGCAGCAAAGGAAGACACAGUGGUUUUGAAGAUUGGUUCUGUUGCCAUGGCUCCCCAGGCUGACAAUCCCCUUGGCCGAUCUGUCCUCAGGAAAGAUAUUUACCAAAGAGCCUUGAACUUAGGAAUUCUUAGAGAUCCUGGAUCUGAAAUUGAAGAUAGACAAUACCAAAUAGACCUGCAGUCCAUCAAUAUUGGUACUGCACAGUGGGACCAACUAAAACCAGAGAAGGAAAGUGGAACAGGAGGGGUGCUUACAGAGAGUGAAAGGAAUUCUCAAAAUCCAGCCCUUGAGUGGAAUAUGGCCAGCAGCAUAAGGCGACAUCAAGAAAGGAGAGCAAUUUUGACCCCCAUUUUGACUGACUUUUCUGUACGAAUAACUGGAGCACCUGCCAUAAUUUUCACCAAAAUAAGUUCUCCAGAAAAUCUCCAUACAGAGGAGAUUUUAGUAUGUGGCCAUUCCUUGGAAGUGAAUAUAACCACAAACCUGGACUUCUUCCUAAGUGUGGCUCAAGUUCAACUCUUACAUCAGUUAAUCGUAGCAAAUAUGACUGGUCUGGAACCAUCAAAAAAGGCCACAGAGAUCUCCAAACAAGAACAGAAAAAAAUGGAUACAUUUGAUGGAGGCAUGGCUGAAACCUCAUCUCGGUACAGUGGUGCUCAGGACAGUGGAAUUGGCAGUGACAGUGUUAAAAUCAGAAUAGUGCAAAUAGAGCAGCACAGUGGUGCUAGUCAGCACCGCAUUGCCCGUCCCUCACGCCAGUCAUCAAUUGUAAAAAAUCUAAAUUUUAUUCCUUUUGAUGUAUUUAUUACAGCAAGUAGAAUCUCACUAAUGACCUAUUCCUGUACAGCCUUGCCCAAAUCAAAAUCACAAGAACAGAAGGAAGAUGAAAAAACAGGCAAGAGUUCAUUAAAUCUUUCAGAAGUUGAUUCAGAUGUUGCUAAGCCCAACCAGGCAUGUAUUUCCAUGGUGACAGCAGAAGAUCUCUUAAGCAGUAGCACUUCUUUAACUUCAGGAAAAAAAAUAGGGGUUCUCUCUCUUGAAAGUCUUCAUGCAUCCACGAGAUCAUCUGCAAGACAAGCACUUGGCAUAACUAUUGUCCGGCAGCCUGGUCGAAGAGGAACUGGUGACUUACAACUAGAACCAUUUUUGUACUUUAUUGUGUCCCAGCCUUCCUUGCUUCUGAGUUGUCACCACAGAAAGCAGCGAGUGGAAAUAUCCAUUUUUGAUGCUGUGCUUAAAGGGGUAGCCUCUGAUUACAAAUGUACAGAUCCUGGGAAAACACUGCCUGAAGCCCUUGAUUACAACACUGUGUGGCUGCAGACAGUGCCUGGAGAAAUAGACAGCAAAAGUGGUAUUCCACCUUCCCUUGUAAUGCUGCAAAUUAAAGACUUUCUUAAUGGACCAGCAGACAUCAACUUGGAUAUAUCAAAGCCUUUGAAAGCAAACCUGAGUUUUACCAAACUGGAUCAGAUGAACCAUUUUUUAAAGAAGAUAAAAAGUGCACAUGGCUUUGCACAUAGCAAAGAGACCUCUACUCUUUCAGACCCUACACUGAAUAAAGAUGAGCUUCCAGUCUCCAAAUGUUACCAUGGAAAGUUGUCUAAACCUAAAGUACAUGCUGAUGGAGUGCAGAAGUUUUCAUUUCAAGAAAACAUGUGGAGAGCCAUUUCCUGUUUUCAAAAAAUUUCUGUCCAUACUACUCAGAUUGUGUUCUCCAUGGAAACUGUCCCCCAUCCUAAUAAACCAUGCCUGUUGGCAUCUCUAUCAAAUCUUAAUGGAAGCCUUAGUGUCAAAGCAGCACAAAAAGUACCUGGCAUAAUUCUUGGAUCAUCAUUUCUACUCAGCAUAAAUGAUUUUCUCCUUAAAACAAGUCUCAGAGAAAGAAGUCGGAUUCUCAUAGGACCAUUUUGUGCUACCACUAAUCUAGAAGCUAAGUGGUGUAAACACAGUGGCAAUCUAGGGCCAGAACAGUCCAUACCAAAAAUAUCCAUCGAUUUAAGAGGUGGUCUGCUACAGGUCUUCUGGGGUCAAGAACAUUUGAAUUGUUUAGUCCUCCUUCAUGAAUUACUCAAUGGAUAUCUUAAAGAGGAGAGAAAUGUUGAAGUGCUAGUUUCUGAACCAGUACCUCAGAUGCCAUCUCCUGUGGAAAAAACUCAGGCCUUUAAAAGUGAACACAGUUCAGAUGACCUGCGAACGGGUCACUUUCAGUACAUUCAAGAUGCUGAACCUUUGAAACUCCCUGGUGUCUAUGAAGUCUUGUUUUAUAAUGAAACAGAAGAUAGCCCAGGAAUGAUGUUGUGGAGGUAUCCAGAACCCAGAGUACUCACCCUUGUACGAAUAACUCCUGUACCUUUCAACACCACAGAGGAUCCAGAUAUUAGCACAGCAGACCUGGGUGAUGUGCUACAGGUUCCUUGUAGUCUGGAAUACUGGGAUGAACUCCAGAAGGUUUUUGUUGCAUUUCGAGAAUUUAGUUUGUCUGAAAGCAAAGUUUGUGAACUGCAGUUGCCAGACAUCAAUCUUGUGAAUGACCAGAAGAAACUGGUAUCCUCAGAUCUUUGGAGAAUUGUCUUGAAUAGCAGCCAAAAUGGAGUUGAUGACCAAAGCUCUGCAAGUGAAUCUGGUUCUCAAAGCACUUGUGAUCAGCUUGUAACUCCAACAGCCCUGGCCGCCUGUACCAGAGUUGACUCCUGUUUUACCCCGUGGUUUGUACCAUCUCUUUGCAUGUCCUUCCAGUUUGCUCACCUGGAGUUCCAUCUCUGUCAUCAUCUUGAUCAACUAGGCACAGCUUCACCACAAUACCUACAGCCAUUCAUUUCUGAUAAAAAUGUACCAUCUGAACUAGAAUAUAUGAUUGUUUCCUUCAGAGAACCACACAUGUAUUUUCGACAAUGGAAUAAUGGUUCUAUCUGCCAGGAGAUCCGGUUCUCAGCUCAAGCAGACUGUAAACUUCUAGAAUGCAGAAAUGUUACAAUGCAAAGUGUAGUAAAGCCUUUCAGCAUCUUUGGACAAAUUGCAGUUUCCAGUGAUGCAGUGGGAAAGCUGCUUGACUGCACCUUGACAGUGGACUCCAUAUUUAUAAACUUUGGACAGCAUGUAGUUCAUUCUCUAAACACUGCAGUACAAGCUUGGCAACAGAACAAAUGCCCUGAGGUAGAGGAGUUGGUCUUCAGCCAUUUUGUGAUCUGUAAUGACACACAGGAGACACUGCGGUUUGGCCAGGUGGAUACUGACGAAAAUAUUCUGCUGGCGAGUCUCCACAGUCACCAGUACAGCUGGCGCUCUCACAAAUCCCCACAGCUGUUGCACAUCUGUAUUGAAGGUUGGGGCAAUUGGCGUUGGUCAGAACCCUUCAGUGUGGACCACGCUGGGACGUUUAUUAGAACAAUUCAGUACAAGGGUCGAACUGCAUCACUCAUAAUCAAGGUUCAGCAACUCAAUGGAGUGCAAAAACAGAUUAUCAUCUGUGGAAGACAGAUCAUCUGUAGUUAUUUGUCUCAAAGCAUAGAACUAAAAGUCGUUCAGCAUUAUAUUGGACAAGAUGGACAAGCUGUAGUCCGAGAACAUUUUGACUGCCUCACAGCCAAACAAAAAUUGCCUUCGUACAUAUUAGAAAACAGUGAACUGACAGAAUUGUGUGUGAAGGCCAAAGGAGAUGAAGACUGGUCAAGAGACGUGUGCCUAGAAUCCAAAGCCUCUGAGUAUAGCAUUGUCAUCCAGGUGCCAUCUUCAAACAGUUCCAUUAUUUAUGUCUGGUGUACAGUUUUGACUUUAGAACCCAACUCUCAAGUGCAACAACGAAUGAUUGUGUUCAGCCCUCUUUUUAUCAUGAGAAGUCAUCUUCCAGACCCCAUUAUCAUACAUUUGGAGAAAAGGAGUCUGGGAUUGAAUGAAACACAGAUUAUUCCAGGAAGAGGGCAGGAAAAACCACUGCAAAACAUAGAACCUGAUCUUGUACAUCACCUAACAUUUCAAGCAAGAGAAGAAUAUGACCCUUCAGAUUGUGCUGUCCCCAUCUCAACAGCCCUAAUUAAACAAAUAGCCACUAAGAUACACCCUGGAGGUACAGUUAAUCAGAUCCUUGAUGAAUUCUAUGGGCCAGAAAAAUCUCUCGAACCCACAUGGCCCUAUAUUAAGAAGGAUUCUGACAGGAAUGAACAGCUGAGUCAGUGGGAUAGCCCAAUGCGAGUGAAGCUGUCGAUCUGGAAGCCAUAUGUUAGAACUUUGCUGAUAGAACUUCUGCCCUGGGCCCUGCUUAUCAAUCAGUCCAAGUGGGACCUCUGGCUGUUUGAAGGAGAGAAGAUUGUUCUACAGGUUCCUGCUAGCAAAACUAUUAUUCCUCCUAAUUUUCAGGAAGCUUUUCAGAUUGGAAUAUAUUGGGCAAAUACAAACACUGUGCACAAGUCAGUAGCAAUUAAACUAGUCCAUAACCUGACAUCUCCAAAGUGGAAAGAUGGAGGUAAUGGUGAAGUCGUGACAUUGGACGAAGAAGGGUUUAUUGAUGCUGAAAUAAGACUUGGUGCUUUCCCAGGACAUCAGAAGUUGUGUCAGUUCUGCAUUUCUUCUAUGGUACAGCAAGGUAUACAGAUUAUUCAGAUUGAAGACAAGACUACAGUAAUCAAUAACACACCAUAUCAGAUAUUUUAUAAACCACAGUUAUCUGUCUCCAAACCCCAUUCUGGAAAAGAGUAUUUUCACGUUCCGGACAGUGCUACUUUCAGCAUUUGCCAAGGUGGAGAGCAGCCGGCUAUAAAAUCCAGCUCCCUUCCUUGCUGGGAUUUAAUGCCUGACGUUGGGCCAUCAGUGUUGGACACAUCCUUGCUUCAGAAACAGAUUUUGCUGGGCUUUUCUCCUGCCACAGGUGCCGACAGCUCACAGUGUUGGAGCCUGCCAGCUCUAGUUAAACAAGAGUUUCCCCGACAGAGUGUGGCAGUGCCCCUUGGGAAUUCUAGGGAAAAUGGAUUCUGUACCAGGGCUAUAGCACUGACGUAUCAAGAACACUUUGGAGUGACUUAUUUAACCCUCUCAGAAGACCCUAGUCCUCGAGUCAUUCUCCACAACAGAUGCCCAGUAGCAGUGCUUAUAAAGGAAAACAUUAAAGACAUCCCAAAAUUUGAGGUUUAUUGUAGAAAAAUUCCUUCUGAGAGUUCAGUUCAUCAUGAGCUCUAUCAUCAGAUUUCCAGUUAUCCAGACUGCAAGACCAAAGACUUACUUCCUAGCCUUUGUUUGAGAGUAGAGUUGCCAGAUGAAAUAACUACUGAGUGGAGUGAUGCUGUUGACAUCAACAGUCAGGGGACGCAGGUUGUGUUCCUCACUGGCUUUGGCUAUGUGUAUGUGGAUGUUUUCCAUCAGUGUGGCACAGUCUUCAUCACUGUGGCCCCAGAAGGAAAAGCAGGAUCUAUUUUAACCAACACCAACAGAACUCUGGAGAAGACCAUUACCUUUAGAAUGUUCAUCACCCAGUUGAGCCUGGCAGUGUCGGAUGACCUCACCCACCACAGAGCAUCAUCUGAACUCCUGAGGCUCACACUGGACAAUGUUUUUCUGCACAUGGCCCCUGUGGCUGGCAUUCUUCCGGGGGAGGAGCCUGCUGCCGCUCUCUUUCAGCUUCACUGUGUGGAGGUGUAUUGUGGGGAUCUGCAGUUGGACAACCAGCUCUAUAACAAGUCCAACUUCCACUUUGCUGUCUUGAUCUGCCAGGGAGAAAAAACAGAACCUACUCAGUGUUCCAAAGGGCAGAGUCUCCUUGCCUCCAGCAGAGAUCUGGAAGAAUACAAGGAGAACUGCUUUAUCAAGCUCCGUGUCACCUUAACUGAGGGCAAGAGUGUCCCACUGGAUGUCAACGAGUUCAGCUUUGAAUUGAAACCUGCCCGAUUAUAUGUGGAAGACACAUUUGUAUACUACAUCAAAACCUUGUUUGAUACUUACCUUCCUCACAGCAGGCUGGCUGGUCACCCUCCACAGCUCUCUGGGGGAAAGCAGGUGCUACCUCUGCAGGUGAGACAACACGCCAGGGCUUUGGUGAAUCCAGUGAAGUUACGGAGACUGGUGAUCCAGCCAGUGAAUCUGCUUGUCAGCAUCCAUGCAUCUCUCAAGCUGUACAUAGCCUCUGACCACACUCCACUCUCCUUCUCCGUGUUUGAAAGAGGACCCAUCUUCACCACUGCGAGACAGCUUGUGCAUGCCCUGGCAAUGCACUAUGCUGCUGGUGCCCUCUUUAGAGCAGGCUGGGUGGUGGGGUCUCUGGAGAUCCUUGGCAGCCCAGCAAGCUUGGUGAGGAGCGUGGGGAAUGGGAUCGCUGACUUCUUCAGACUUCCAUAUGAGGGACUGACCCGAGGCCCAGGAGCCUUCGUGAGCGGAGUUUCCCGAGGGACAACAUCAUUCGUAAAGCACAUUUCCAAAGGUACCCUCACAUCCAUCACCAACCUGGCUACCAGCCUGGCCCGGAACAUGGACCGGCUCUCGCUGGAUGAGGAGCACUACAACCGGCAGGAGGAGUGGCGGCGGCAACUGCCUGAGAGCCUGGGCGAGGGGCUGCGACAGGGCCUGUCCCGGCUGGGCAUCAGCCUGCUCGGUGCAAUUGCUGGUAUAGUCGAUCAGCCGAUGCAGAACUUCCAGAAAACAUCCGAGGCUCAGGCUUCAGCCGGACACAAGGCCAAGGGUGUUAUCUCUGGUGUGGGGAAAGGUAUCAUGGGGGUGUUCACGAAGCCCAUUGGAGGAGCUGCUGAGCUCGUGUCACAGACCGGCUACGGUAUUUUACACGGAGCUGGACUUUCUCAGCUUCCCAAACAGCGCUAUCAGCCAAGUGAUCUACAUGCUGACCAGGCUCCAAACAGCCAUGUCAAAUAUGUCUGGAAAAUGCUCCAGUCUCUGGGCAGACCAGAAGUCCACAUGGCCUUGGAUGUGGUUCUCGUGAGAGGUUCAGGCCAGGAACAUGAAGGGUGCCUGCUGCUGACCUCAGAAGUACUCUUCGUAGUGAGCAUCAGCGAGGACACGCAGCAACAGGCCUUCCCCAUCACAGAGAUAGACUGCACACAGGACAGCAAGCAAAGCAGCCUGCUCACUGUACAGCUCAAGCAGCCGAGAAUGGCCUGUGAUGUGGAGGUAGACGGAAUCCGAGAGAGACUGUCAGAGCAACAAUACAACAGACUUGUGGACUAUAUCACAAAGACGUCUUGUCACCUGGCCCCCAGCUGCUCUUCUGUUCAAACACCAUCCCCUGUGGUGGCUGUGGAACCUCCCCUUUCCACUGUUAAAACAUACCAUUAUUUGGUGGACCCACAUUUUGGUCAGGUCUUCAUUAGUAAAUUUACCAUGGUGAAGAAUAAAGCCCUAAGGAAAGGGUUCCCUUGAAUCCCUUCUAAGAUGAUGAUUCUUGCUUGUGCAGUUUACUUUUUAAACAAAGAACCUAGAGGUUAGCCAAGAGAUACGGAGUCAAUGAUUAGCUCCAACAUUCAUUGUGGACAAAAGACCAACACUUUUCGGUGGUUCAGGUAUAUAGUAACUUCUAAAAUUAUCUUAGUAUCUUUCUCCCUAAAAACAAAUUAGAUACUUUAAGAUGGAGUUUAAAAAAAAAAAAAAAAAGAAGAGUAAGAAGGCCGUUUGCUAAAAUUUUCACAAUAAUUUGGACCUGUUAAUGCUCUGCUCUACAGAAAAAUACAUGGUUAGGCCUUAGAAUGCAGAGCCAGAAUUAAAACUUCAUCCCUAAUUCCAUCUGUUUUUGGGGACUGAGAUACCACCUCUGCCCAAUACCCCUUUUUUGCAAAGGUUGAUUCUUUAAAUGAAAUGAACUUAGAACUCUGUUGGUUAACUUGUUAAAUUUACUUAACUACAGCAACAUUCUUUUAGUGAAAGCUACUACGUGUAUUCCCUCCAAAGUCUGCAUUUUACUGAAAUUCACAAAACAGUCUAUGACUCUGGGUACAUUUUAGAAAAAUGUUCUUCCAAUUUGUGUUUUAAAUAGACAAGCUAAAAAUCAUUUGUGUCUGCCAAUGACAGACCUGAAGUACUCAGGUGAGUUUCUUUAGUUCCACAAAUAACAUGUUAGGAACUCCUGGAAGGGGAGCCAAGAACACAACAUUAAUACUAGCAAUGACAUCAGUCCAGAUAGUUUAUUUUUCUGAUUUGAUAAAGCAUGAAGAUAUUGCUAAAUAUUAUUUUGCAUCUCAGAUUGGGUUUGACUCAGGGUCUAGAGUUACCAGAUAAGUAUCUUUCUCAUGGUCUAAUUAAUUAAAUUUGUCUUAUUACUUUCAAACUUGGGCCUAUAACUUAUUGCCUACAAUUGUGAAAUGCUAAGAAAAUGCAAUUUUAAAGCCAACUGAUCUUUGACUGAACUCUCACAGAGGUGUAGGCACAAGUCACCACACCACUAUAUCACUGUUAAAGGAAAGCAAGACUGUUAAUGGACAAUUCAGGUUGUAUAUGAAAAACGGCUCCUCAGUUUGUUAUAUAUACUUGUUUAGGAAAGUGACAGUUUUGUCAAUCCCAAGAGUAACUAUUUUUAAGAAUGUAAAUAUGUACUAAUUCUUGUAUGUUUUAUGGUAAUUUUGCAUACUGCUAAGAACUGUUAUGUAAAGUUGUUUAAAAUAAAAGGUGUCCUUGAA